AGGUGCCGGGCUCUCUCCUACUUGGGAGCCCCGGAGUGAGUGCGCAGAAAGUGACGGGGCCUCCCCGUUUCUUGUAGUUUGUUUGGGACCCCCCACAUGGAUUAGUUGGAAUUACCGGGACAGAGAAAUCCGAGGAGGUGGUAAAAAUUCAUAACCACUUUGGAGUUUGGACAUCAGAGGAAUCAACAUGAAGAAACAGUUCAAUCGGAUGCGGCAGCUGGCCAACCAGACCGUGGGAAGAGCAGAGAAGACGGAAGUACUCAGUGAAGAUCUGCUGCAGAUUGAAAGACGUCUAGACAUCGUCCGAUUGGUCUGCCACAAUGCUCACAAGAAGCUCCUGGGCUGUUUGCAGGGUCAGCCCGGAACGGAUUCUGACAAACGAUAUAGGAAGCUACCACUUAUGGGUGUAUCCCAGUCCAUGCAGGAAGGAUGUACUCAGCUCAGUGACGAGACACUAUUGGGGAAGACUUUGUAUUCAUGCGGAGAAGCAGAGCAACGACUGGCAAUGGAACUCUCCCAACACGAAGUUCAGAUUGAAAGGGACAUCCUUGAACCAUUAAAUCAGUUGUCAGAGGUGGACAUCCCCAACAUUCAGAAGCAGCGGAAGCAACUGGCGAAACUGGUCUUAGACUGGGAUUCUGCAAAAGGAAGGUGGAUGCAGGCACUGAAAUCAUCUAGUACAAACUUCCAGAUGCAGCCUGGAAAGAUUGAGUCUCUCAAGGAGGAGGCUGACGAAGCUCAUAACAGGGUGGAACAAUGCAAGGACCAGCUCGCUGCUGAUAUGUACAACUUUGUUUCCAAAGAGGCAGAUUAUGGGCAGUACUUUGUUAUGCUGUUAGAAGCCCAAGCAGAUUACCAUAGAAAAGCACUAUCUGUCUUAGAAAAGGCGUUGCCAGAAAUCCAAGCCCAGCAAGACAAGUGGACAGAGAAGCCGGCAUUCGGCACUGCACUAGAAGAACACUUGAAGCGCAGUGGGCGGGAGAUAGCGUUGCCUAUUGAAGCCUGUGUAAUGAUGCUGCUAGAGACCGGUAUGAAAGAGGAGGGUUUAUUCAGAAUAGCAGCUGGAGCCUCCAAACUUAAAAAACUAAAAGCCGCACUGGACUGUUCUACCUCCCAGCUGGAGGAAUUCUAUUCAGACCCACAUGCCGUGGCAGGAGCUCUGAAAUCCUAUCUGCGUGAACUGCCAGAACCGCUAAUGACUUUUAACCUCUACGAAGAAUGGAUCCAGGCUGGCAACAUACCGGACCAGAGCCUGAAGCUGCAAGCCCUGUGGGUUGUGUGCCAGAAACUGCCCAAACCAAACCUGGAAAACUUCAAGUAUUUAGUCAAGUUUCUGGCUAAGCUGAGUCACAGCAGUGACAUUAACAAAAUGACACCAAGUAACAUAGCUAUUGUCUUAGGUCCCAACCUGUUGUGGGCAAAGCAUGAAGGAACAUUGGCAGAAAUUGCAGCUGCUACAUCUGUCCACGUGGUGACAAUUAUUGAACCUAUCAUACAGCAUGCGGACUGGUUCUUCCCCGAAGAUGUGGAGUUUAAUGUAUCUGGGGCGUUUGUUCCUGCGACACCCUCAACGCAUUUUAACAACGUGUCCUACUCUGGAAAUGAUGUGACCUAUGAGUUCGGACCAAUGGAGAGGAAAAGGCCAAUUAGUAUGGCAGUCAUGGAUGGAGACCUUUUUAAGAAAGAGAGUAAAGUCAUAGAGUUUUAUGCUAAUUCUCGAAGAGGAGGCACUUUGACCCGUAAACAUGCUUCGCCGGCGUUCCACCCACCUCUCCCUCCCACUGAUGGUGCUAUCCAGACAGAUCCAGGGCCCAUGGUGGAUGUCAGUGCCACUGCCCCAACGCAAGGUGCACAAACUACAGAUCCCACGCCAACGCAGGGGAAUGAAGAGGCCAGUACAUUGAAGACCAAAGACCCACCUACUGCGACCACACCCCCAUCUCUACGAAAUGGAGCUCCUCAUCCCCAAGGGGGCAGCACGAGUCAGCAAGGGACAGCUCCUGCACCUGGUGCCGCCAACCCAAGUCCUCACUCAACAAGACGAGCCACUAAGAAACCUGCACCUGCUCCUCCAAAACCUGUUAUCCCUCCUCCUGUACAGCCAGGAAAUCAGGGGUCUCCAGCUGCAGUAAAUCCCCCACCUACUGUUUCACCUAAACCAACAGCCUCCACCCAUAAUCCUUCUCCACCAAAUAGUACUACUGGCCAAUCCACUGCUCAGGCAACCCCCAUCUACUCCUUUGGUUCCCUCCCUCGCAGAUAUUCAGGCAGCCAGCCUUUAAUACAGGCUCCUAAUCAUCCUCCCCCUCAGCCCCCCACACAACCAGUACCCACUCCCCUGCCUAAACCUGUUGCUGUGGUAACGCCUGUGGAAACUACAACAGAGCACUCACCCAGUCCGCCUCGCUCCCCAUCACCCCCAGAUACUCCUCCCCUGGGCAUAGAACAAUCUGUUUCACAGCCCGCUCUUCCUGAGGCUACACAGACGCAGCCGUCACCCCCGCAGACUGGGACAUUACCGCGACCUCGGCCUGUGCCCAAACCGCGUAUCCGGCCCAGCAUCCCCCCUCCUCCUCAACCACCAGGCUCACAUCCUGCUGUGGAGACACAUUCAUCUGCAUCAAAGAUGAUCACUGAUGUUUGAUGAGCCUUAAUCAGUAGACAGAAUUGGAAAGGUGUCAUGAUCCCAUACAAAGCCAGCAACCUGCUGAUCCCGCCCCACCACCUCCAGCCACGGAGCCACCGCUCACUGUGACUAUUGAUGUUGAUACAGAGAGCACAGCGCUGUGAGGACACUGAGAUACUCACACUCCAAAAACUUGUAUUACCUAAAGCAUAAUCAACCAACAGCGCUCCUCACGACAAGAUGCAGCAGUGAAUAAAACUUUUUUUGUGCUGUUUUUGGUUUUCUGUUUGGAAAGGGAAAGACUUUCGAAGUUUGAAUGACCUGGUGUGCCUUGCGUGAAGAUAAUAAUGCGGCCUUAGGUCUCGCAGUCCGAGGAUCAUUUUCAAGAGCCUGUGAGAAGCUAUUCUGUCUAGUUAAUACCACUAUUAAAAUAUGUAUAUGCAGCUCCUCAAAUUAUACAGGAGACAGAGACAUUCCACUGCAGAACCUUAACAAUUGUCUUGUUUUAUUUUAUACCCUUCCACUCGUGUGGAUUUGUGCCUCUGAAGUACCACUGUGCGUUAAACUGGUUGGAUUAUUUCAUCUGUUGAAAGGUAGCUAAGAUAUUUAAAUAUAUAUAUAUAUAUAUAUCAAUAUAUAUAUAUAGAUGUGUGUGUGUGUAUGUAUAUGUGUAUAUAUAUAUAUAUAUAUAUAUAUAAACACAUACAAACACACCAAAUAGUUGACACUUAAAGGAAGGUCUGUUUCAGUAAGCACUUUGUUAUGGUGCAAUUUCUUGUUUGUACCCCAGUAAAGAAAUGUUCUAGGAAAAGAUUUGGUUGAAGUCAUUGUCACAGAUGUAUUUUGUUGGCAACUGCUGGUUUUCAGUUACCUAUUACUAGAUAUUUGUGUAUAUAUGCAUAUACAUUUGUUAUAUAUGCACCACUGUACUGCAUAAUAAUAAUAAAAAAAAAAAGAAGGGAGCAACUAUUUCUCCUAUCCAAAAAGUCUUCAUUUGUUGUGUUUGAGGAGCUGGGCUUAUUGGUUAAGGAUAUGGCAACGAUUCAACUCUUUGUAUUAUGCUGUAAAAAGAAGCCGGAUUUUGGUGGGUGCAUCUGUAUCUAAGACUCUAAGCCAAAGAAAUAGUUGCCUGGCCACAAGCACAUUGUUGUACUAUAGUUUCUGAUUUAAAUAACUUACAAAAUAUAUGAAGAAUUAAAAAAUA